AUGAACUUUUCAAGCAAUGUAACCACUGUCCGAUUAAGGGACACUUUUGCAACGGCAGUGACCAAAAACGUGCUUGUGGUGGCACUGUGCAUCUCCAUCAACUACAUCAAUAGCACGCUGGUUCAUACCUUCUUCAGGAACAGAAUUUUCACCGAGAACCCGCGCUACAUCCUCUUCAUCCACAUGGUGCUGAACGACAUGAUUCAGCUGACCAUCGCCGUCCUCCUGCACGUCAUCAGCUACGUGCUCUUCACAAUCAAUGUCUCCUUUUGCUGCUUUCUGUUAAUGAUCGCCAUCUUCACCACCCUCAAUACACCCCUGAACCUGGCCAGCAUGGCUAUCGAGCGCUAUAUUGCAAUCUGCAACCCCCUGCGCCACGCACAGAUCUGCACAGCGCGGCGCACGUACGCCCUCAUCGGCCUCAUAUGGAUGUUUGGCACACUCCCCAUCCUGCCCGACCUCUUCAUGCUCGUGGCCACGGAGCCGGUGGCCUUCUUCCACUCCAGAAUCUUCUGCAGCCGGGACUCCGUGUUCCGCCACCCGUACAUGAUGGAGAAGAAGAACGUCUCUCACAUGUUGUAUUUGUCGUUUGUCUGGCUCACGCUGGUCUUCACGUACUUCAGGAUCAUGUUCGCGGCCAAGGCUGCCAAAUCCGAUGCCAAAAAGGCUCGGAACACUAUCCUCCUCCAUGGGGUGCAGCUUUUAAUGUGCAUGUUCACGUAUAUCGACCCUCUGCUAGCCAGCUUCUCCAUGUAUAUUUUCCCCAUGUUUGUGCUUGAGAUGCGUUUCACAAGGUAUCUCAUUGUUCACAUUCUGCCGCGGUUAGUAAGUCCAAUAGUCUAUGGACUGAGAGAUCAGACAUUUUGCAAGUACUUAAAAAAUUACUACCUAUGCUGUAGGUGUAAUAUGAGCAAAGCUCCACAAAAUAUGACCUCUUUAAAAACUUUCCCCGAAUAA